AUGCGAAUGAACGAUACUGAAUACGAAGAAGGCGGAAAUAAUACUUCAUCAUCUAAUUUACCGCCGAAAAUACGACCAAAAUCACAUAGCUUUAUGGAUAGCAAAGAUAUCAUAUUAAAAAGAAAUAGCGCUGGAGAUUCUGAAAUAAGCAGAAUUAAUUCAUUUGAAAAAAUAUCUUCACUAACAAAUUUACACAGCCAUCCUAAGGCACGUUCAUUUCUUCGAGAUUUCCGGAAAUUAUUUAGGAAAAAUAGAACAUCAACGAAUACUGCUACUACUACUGCUGCUACUGCUACUGAUAUUUCAGCUAAAAUAAAUUAUUCAUUGCGUAGCAUAGAGACGGAGAAUGAAAUGGAAAAUUUAAAUGAUUCUAUCACCCAGUUAAGGAAAAAAUCUCAAUCUUGGUCUCAUUAUGAAGAUCAGAAACUUUUCCCAAAAUGUCGCAAAUAUGCGGGAUCAAUGUUCACACCAAUUCGAGUACAACGAAGUAAUAGAAGAAUGGGAUUUAUAAAUCAAAUGGUUAUCGGAAAUAACGGAUGUAGAAAUACCGUAUACUCAAAGGUAUCGUCAAUUCGUUGGAACCAUUUCUUUCUUAAAUAA